GCCCGCCCGCCCUGGCCGCUCGCCGCCCGCCCGCCCGACGGAGACGCAGCCCCAGCUAGCUGACUUCAUGUGAAAGAUGGCCAAUGCGGAAGUGAGCGUCCCAGUGGGAGAUGUGGUUGUGGUGCCCACUGAAGGAAAUGAAGGCGAGAACCCAGAAGACACUAAAACUCAAGUGAUCUUGCAGUUGCAGCCUGUGCAACAAGGGAUUUAUGAAGCCGGGUCAGAGAACAGCGCAGCAGUUGUAGCUGUAGAGGCCCACACGAUACACAAACUCGAAGAAGGAAUUGAUGCAAGCAGUAUAGACGCUAAUGAGGACAUGGAAAUCGCUUACCCUAUAACCUGUGGAGAGAGUAAAGCUGUCCUCCUCUGGAAGAAGUUCGUGUGUCCAGGAAUAAAUGUGAAGUGUGUCAAGUUCAAUGAUCAGUUGAUCAGCCCCAAGCAUUUUGUUCAUCUGGCUGGCAAGUCCACUCUGAAGGACUGGAAGAGAGCCAUCCGUCUAGGUGGCAUCAUGCUCAGGAAGAUGAUGGACUCUGGACAGAUCGAUUUUUACCAGCAUGACAAAGUUUGCUCCAACACCUGCAGGAGCACCAAGUUUGACCUUCUGAUCAGCAGUGCGAGGGCUCCAGUGCCAGGACAGCAGACAAGUGUGGUGCAGACCCCCACCUCGGCCGAUGGUAACAUCACACAGAUCGCCAUCUCAGAGGAGAGCAUGGAAGAGGCGGGGCUGGAGUGGAACUCAGCCCUCACCGCCGCUGUCACCAUGGCCACAGAGGAGGGUAUAAAGAAAGAAUCUGAAGAGAUUUCAGAGGACACUUUGAUGUUCUGGAAGGGGAUAGCUGAUGUAGGGUUGAUGGAGGAGGUCGUCUGCAACAUACAGAAGGAGAUAGAGGAGCUUCUCAGGGGUGUUCAGCAGCGGCUCCUUCAUGCGCCUUUCCAGGUCACAGAUGCUGCUGUUUUAAACAACGUGGCAAACACAUUUGGCCUAAUGGACACAGUCAAGAGAGUUUUGGACAACAGACGGAAGCAAGUGGAGCAGGGGGAGGAGCAGUUUCUCUAUACCCUGGCAGACUUGGAACGGCAGUUGGAAGAGCAAAAAAAGCAAGCCCAGGAUCCCAGACUGAAAUCGCAGACAGUUCAAAAUGUGGUACUGAUGCCUGUGAGCACCCCAAAGCCUCCAAAAAGACCCCGGCUCCAGCGGCCGGCCUCCACCACUGUCCUGAGCCCUUCUCCUGUUCAGCAGCCUCAGUUUACUGUCAUCUCUCCCAUCGCCAUCACCCCCGUGGGCCAGUCCUUCUCCAUGGGCAAUAUCCCGGUGGCUACGCUCAGCCAGGGCUCCAGUCCUGUGACUGUCCACACACUGCCUUCUGGUCCUCAGCUCUUCCGCUACGCCACAGUGGUUUCCUCUGCCAAGAGCAGCUCGCCAGAGACAGUGACCAUCCACCCUUCAUCAAGUUUGGCACUGCUAAGCUCCACCUCUAUGCAGGAUGGGAGCACCCUGGGCAAUAUGGCCACCAUGGUGAGCCCCAUGGAGCUGGUGGCCAUGGAGUCUGGCCUGACUUCAGCAAUCCAGGCUGUUGAAAGCACCUCUGAGGAUGGGCAGACCAUCAUUGAAAUUGACCCUGCCCCAGACCCCGAGGCUGAUGAUACUGAGGGCAAAGCAGUCAUCUUGGAGACAGAACUGAGGACUGAGGAGAAAGUGGUAGCUGAAAUGGAAGAGCACCAGCAUCAGGUCCACAAUGUGGAGAUUGUGGUCUUGGAAGACUGACUGGGGAUGGGGCCAAGAGCUGUGUUUUGGCUUGGAAUUUUAAUUAUGUUUAUUUUUAUCAUUGUCCCACUCAUUUCCACAUAGAACCUUUUUUUUUUUUCUAAAAAAAAAAAAAAACAAACAAACUACAAAAUCUCAUUGUAACUGAAAAUAUUGGGUUCCUCCUACUCCCUCACUGACAAAACAGACAGAACAAGCUACCUUUCCAGAAAUUAGGAACAGGUCACCCAGGGUCUGAAUCAUCUUUCCCCAAGGAAGGUAAUUGCUUUUACGGGAGGUAUCAAAAUAACCAGGAAUCCUUCCCAGAAUGUCUGUAUACAUGCAUGGUUUCUCUCUUGUAAAGAUGCAUUGACCAGACCCUGGAACACAGAUCUGACACCGGAAGAUGACCAGCUCUGCUAUGGAUACAGAAGCAUACUUGCCUCUGUAUCCUGGAUGUGAUGGCCUCAGACGCUGGUGCAAAACUGAAACAACAGGCUCUGCUUAGUGUGGGAAGGAGCAGCAGCUUAAGGGGGAAGCCCUUUGACAAGGAGAGGGCAAGGGAUGGUCUUCCAGAGGUGCAUCUGAUGCUUCUCAAGCUCUCUGAGGGUCGGGUACCAUUUUCAGAAGAGGCCAGAGAUUCUAGAAAGAUACACAGCAAUCAAAAGAUUAUCACAGCUGUGCUUUGGGGAUAGCUCACUUUGCCCCCAGCCUUGUCAAAGCCCUCACCCUUCUCACCAAGGAUUAUUAGUGCAUUCCUUUGCAGACUGUGAUGUGGUAUAAAUUGUUCUAGUUCUUGACUGUGGCUGUCAUGGAGGUGGGGCUCCAAGGCCAUCAUUUUUUGUUUCUUGACUCUAGGAAUGGCAGAGUCCUUCAUGCAGACCAGCUGCUAUUUUCAGUAGAACCCUGCACACAAGUGUGUGUGUGUGUGUGUGUGUGUGUGUGUACAUGUGUGUACAUGUUUUGGCUUUGGAACCAAAAGCAGUCAUUCACCUGGUGCUUCCCCUUCUUUUCCUUCAGUCUGCUGGAUCCCAUGUUCUGCAGCCGUUCGGCAGACAGCAGUGACAGGUGCCUGCCUGCCUUCACUCCCUUUGAGAUUCUCCUCUACUGUUUAUACCACAGAUGUUUCUGAGAGAUACAGAACUCAUAAAAUGGCUUAGGCUUGGCAGGGAAGACUGGUAACACCCCCAGCCUUUCCUGAGGCAUGGACUAGAUGUCUCCUGAGUGAGCUGGACUUCCUGGGAAAGGGACAUUGCCUAUGACAUCAUAAGAAAUAUGACAGAAGUGUCAGUAACGUUGGGUGUGGGGCUUCUUCCUGAAUGCUGUUUGUACAUUCAGAAUUACUAGGUCACUUUUUCUGAUGUGAUCCUGUUUCUUUGGUUCUCUUUAGGGUUUGGGGAAGAAUGAGCAGUUUCUGAUUUAAUUAUAUUGUUUACUAUAUUAGUGAAAAUAUGGACACUCUCCAGGUGACUUUAUAGGUCAGAAAAGCAUACAGCUUAGGAGUUAGAGGAUUUAUUAUUAUUAUUAAACGUAAAAUGUUGACUUUAGUUUAAAAAAAAUAGAGAAGGAUGCCUGCUAAACCUGUCUUCCUACCUGCAGGUUUUAAAAAUACUGUAAGCAACUGAGAAUGUCACCUCCCAUCUCUUAGAUGGCCUGAUAUUGCCAGGGAAGCCCUUGGGGAUCACUCUGAAGACCCUUAAGAGUGCGAUUUCUGAACUCUAUUCAGAUUUGUUUCAGCUUUAAAACUGGACUUUUCUUUUU